GGGGAGCUGGAAAAUGAGCAUAUUUUUAAAAAGUGGAGGGUUCCUAGAAAGCCACUUUCUAUUUUGUGUAGCUCAACAAUCUAUUUUGUGUUUGCUGCACAUCAGCACUCUUUGGGUUUUAUCCACUGUGAUGACUGAUUAUGGGGACAUGGGGUUUGUGUUUCUUAAUAUUUAUUUUCUAGUGAAACAGGAAGUUAUGACUGGACAACAUCAUGUUUCUGGUCAGUGUUAAUAUACUUUAGAGAUAUUUUAGUCAUAAAAAUUUCUAGGGGUGCCAUUAAUUGUCCGCUCGAUUCGGGAUUAUUUGCGCUUGAACAAUUAUAUAUUUAUUUAGAUUUUUUAAAUGUAAUUCCCAUCGUUUGGGCCCCAAGUACCUAUUUGAUAAUCCGGCCCUGACUAAGAGGAUCUAAUGAGCACUGGUCACUGCAGCAGUUUCAUAUGAUGUGUAUGGCCUUUACUUAAGCAAGGGGGCGACAUUUGGCUAAUAUGAAAAUAUGAACAUCAUACAAAUAGGCCACAGCUAUAUUAAAUGCCAUUUUUUGAUAACGACAUAAUCCUAAACAAAAAAUAUAUCUUCUAUAUAAAAUGGCACUGUUUAGUAAAAAAAAUUGAAUACAGAUAGGAAUAUAUAUUGUUUUAUAGUGAAACAAAAAUUUCACUAUAUUUGAUGGAUUGCAAGUUUAAGUAGGAUUUUACUCACAUUAUGAAACUCACAUUAAAACAGUGGAAACUAUAUACCAUGGCAUUCGCAGAAACGGUGGGUUGAGUGAAUUAUCAGGUUGAGGACUAAAAGACUAAAAUGUGGUCAGUGAAAACUUGAGUUACUUCCUCCUCUUAGUUCUAAGAGAUUUCAGUUUAUUACUCACCAGCGUGAAGAAAUCUCCAGGCAAUAGACGUCAUGUUCAACUGUUUUCUCAAAUGCUUUAACUUGAAGAUUAUGCAACUUCUGCUAUAUCUUCUCAUAUGGGCUCAAACUGUAGAUGCGUUGACGGAUCAACCAACAAAAUUGGGACAGAAUGUGACUAUAAACUGUGAUCUGGAUGUGAAAGAGGUUAACUGGUUUUUACUUAAACUACCAGAUCCACCAGUUAAGAUAUUACGCUCCAUGAAUACGGGACCUUUUCACUACAAUAUAACAUUGAAACAAAAAUAUUUUAUUCAAUCAAAACUUCAACUAUUUAUAAAAAAUGUCACUUUUGAUGAGUUAGGAGUGUAUUACUGUAUGAACACACACACAACAACCAAACUUAUUAGUGCCACCAGAUUACACAUCAAUGAUCAAAUUCCAGGAUGCCAAAAUAAAACUGAAGUGACACAUUUUGGGCCGACUCUGACACAAUGGAAGAUUAUUGCCAUCAUAUCUUCUUUAUUUAAUGCUGUUAUGCUCAUCGUGGUUAUAGGACUUGCAGUGGCUCUUAUUCAUAAAAGAACCAGAAAAAGCACAAAACAAUUUGAAGAUAUUGACCCACAGGUGCUCAUGGAUUUUGAACAAGACUCAACACAAAUACAGUAUGUUCUGGUGGACGUUCCCACGCGGUUUUAGUCUAACCAUGUCAACGACACCUAGACAACUGCCCAAAUGAUGAACUCCGUAACAUGACAGAUCCUGCUUCAUUGAUAAAGUAUAUUCAUUAUGUAUUGCAUAACUUUAUUUAUGUAAAUAAUCUUUAAUCUUUAGACUCAGUUUAUAACCC